UUCAAAAAUUAAACAUCCCAAGAACCCAACUGAGAAAACAUUUUCCACAUCAAUCUUCCAAGUCUAAGGAACUUGCCUGGAUCGGUCUGGCCACUUUUGUCCACAGCCCUGAACGACGACGAUCGACGGAUCAUCAUCAUCUUCUUCUUCAUAAAAAAUGAAAUUGAAUAAUCUUGAAGACAAAGGGAAGCAGGGAUGAUGGAAGAAGUAGAAAAAGCUGAAAAUACAUCUUUAAUAUCUUCUUCACAAAAGUGUUCAUACUUUGAUUUGAAUGAAGAAGCUAGCAGUGAAGAAGACGAUGAUCAGAAGAGUGCUGAAGCGAGUCCAUCAGCUAAUAACAAUUCUUCAAAUGAAAGAAAUGGACACAGGACUACUGUUAGACAAUAUAAUAGAUCAAAAAAGCCUCGGCUGCGAUGGAGUCCUGAUCUUCACCUCUCUUUUGUUCAUGCUGUGGAAAAGCUUGGUGGACAAGAAAGAGCAACACCCAAGCUAGUUCUUCAGUUAAUGAAUGUGAGAGGACUCAGCGUUGCCCACGUAAAGAGUCACUUGCAGAUGUACCGAAGUAAGAAGCUUGAUGAGGCUGGGCAAGUACUAAGUCAUGCAUACAGAUACAUGCAAAGAAGAGAUGGAACGUUGCACCAAAUUACAACAACAGCUCCUCAACAACACUUGAGAAUGGAGAAUGGUGGAAUUGUUUUACCCGGAAAUUUGCAUUCUUCUUUCUCCCAGUCCCACAAACCACUAUGUUUCAAAGCAAGCUUCUCAAGGGACCGACACUGGAGUUCUAAGCAGCUUGUUAGGAGAAGGCAAACGACCACUUUGACAAGAAAAGAUCUUGAACAUAGUCGAUUUCUUGAAGAAAGGCGAUGGCCUCCAUUGGAGAUGUUUAAAAAUCGAUGGAAAGUUGCCACAGAUUCUUCCUGGCUUAAUGCCUGCUCUGAACCUGAUGCACAUCAAAUCAGUAACCCUUCAAGAUCAGCUGGGGCAACCUACAAUUGGAAACCAGAUGAAGAAGAAGUUGGAAAUAACACCAUGGUCAAGCAAUCUUUAUUCAACUCGCACGACUCUAUCAGAAAUUUUAGAUUCUUUAAAGCAACGUUUGAGCCCCCAUUUCGACUUGAGCUGAAUGAAGAAAAAGUGUUGAAGGAUAAUAAAGAAUGGUUGCCUGAUUUGCAGCUGAGGCUAAGCCAGAGCGUGGGAAUCGAUGAGAAUAAGCGUAGCCAUUGUAGAAGCACACAGGAAAUAAGCACUAAGCUUUCACUUUCUUAGUGUGUAGAAGAAGAUUUUGAAUGAAAGCAAACUAUACGAAUAUGUAGAUGCAGCAAGGCCCACAGAUUAUAUAUGAACGGAUUCAAAUUCGUUGUUACUAACUUCACUGGUAAAUUUUUACCAAUAAAUUUUAGU